AUGGCUUUCACAUCUCCUAUCGACAAGGCUUUUGCUCGUGUGCGUUCCCGUUCCAGCUGCUCCUCCAACGCUGUGACUGAGUUUUGUAAUCGCUCUACUAAGUCUUCCAGCUGCUAUAUCUCACCUGGUACCACCAUCGCCGUCCAGCAUGCACUGCAUUUACUUCAUAAUGAGAUCAUUGCCUCUCAAGGUACCAGUGGAGCGCAGAUGGGCCAUGAUGAUCUAGGGUGCAUCUCUGCCAUUGAUUGGUCCAAAUUUGGAAAACCUGAGCCCUCACAGCGGGGCGAAUGGGUGACGACUCGGCGGCAUAGUCGCAAAGCCAAGGCUAACGCUAAGGCUCGCCCAUGGGAGCACCACUCCUCUCCGCUUCACAUGUCCAACAGGUUUGCUCUCCUCAGUGAAGAACCCGCUGAGAAACCUGAAAGAGCUCUGGGUAUAGGAGACUCCAUUUUAAGGCAUGUGAAAUUAGCUAGGCCUUUAGGGGCUCCAGAAGCACAGGUUAGGUGUAUUCCAGGAGCCAGGGUACCAGACAUUGCAGGUAAUCUUAGGGUCCUAGGCAAGCACAGGUUCUCGAAGAUAGUUUUCCAUGUAGGAGCUAAUGAUAUACACCUUUGUCAGUCUGAGGUUACUAAGAGUAAUGUUGUAGAGGUGUGUAAAUUAGCGAAAGCGAUGUCCGAUGCUGUAGUAUGCUCUGGCCCCAUCCCAAUGCGGCGUGGCGAUGUAGCUUACAGCAGGUUAUGGUCGCUGAACUGCUGGAUGUCCAGGUGGUGCUCCGAAAACAAUGUGAGCUUCAUAGAUAAUUGGAGCUCUUUUGAGGGCAAGGCUGGCCUGUUAGGACGGGACAGUGUCCAUCCCACUCGGGAGGGUGCUGCUCUC